CCUCUGCGGCAUCGCAGCUACCAGUGAGAGUCGCUGUCCGAAUAUCCAAAACAAAGCUUGACAUCCGCGCAUAGUGCUCCUCUUCUAUGACUAUAUGCUCACGUUCUCGCGCGAGGUCCGUUGUAUUUGGAAACGCCGAUUCUCUGGGGCGACAGUGCUCUUCAUGUUGAACCGAUAUCUGACUCUCGUAUAUCGCGUUCUCAUGACCGUGGAAAUAUUACCAUUGGGACAGAACCCCAAUUCUGGCCAAGCGCCUUCAUUCCGCGGCUCAUCGAAUCUUAUAGGUCAAGUAGGCUUUACCUCGUUGCGCAUGUACGCGGUCUGGUCCAAGGACCGUAGAAUAUUCGCUGGGAUUUUGUUCCUCGGAUUGGUCCCCAUCGGCGUGAACAUGUUCUACUACACCAAGGUGGCCUUCGUCGUUGCCCCUCCUCCGCUCGUCGGCUGUGCGGAUUUAGUGUACAUGACCCCGGCUGCCAUGGGCAUGUUCAACUGCAUCUUCGCCAUCACCGCGGAUACUAUUGUCCUGAUCCUCACCUGCGUCAAGACAUUUGAGAUCAAGCGCUCCUUCGCCGCCAUUCGGACGAAAGCCAAAAUCAGCGUUGAGAAUCUAGUCCAGAACCGCGAAACUUCAUAUGUGUCCUUAAUACAACGAGAUGUGGACUUGAUCGCGAUAAAGAACCAGGCUUUCGGAUCUCUCCCCGCCCUGACAGAGGUGCUGACGUCAAUCCUCAUUUCCCGCUUCCUGCUCGACCUCCGCAGCAUAUACCUUGCAUCUCAUGGAAUCGACAGCAAUGGCAAGGACUCGACCAUGAAUGCCAAUGCGUCGACUCUAGCAUUCGGAGGGCAUAGCGUGGCAGGGAAUCUCGGCGCUCCUCUCGAAUCUAUGUUGUCUGACCCGGAGGAACGCUACGAGCUGAUCGCUGCGGACGAAGCUGCGUACAUCUCCGAGGACCCGUUGGCUAUGGGGCUACGUUCGUCUCCGAGGCACGAUCAUAACUCGCAACACAACGACGCUGACGAAGCUGACGACACAGGGCUCCGUGUACUCAGACAGUGAGUCCAGCAACAGAUUUUGUUUUGUACAUAUUCCGUCACUCAUCUGCUCGUAGGUUGUACGAUGACCCUGUAUGAUCUCAGUAUGGAUAGGAUGUUCUCGCUACUGCGCCGAACGUACAGCGUACUGGGGAAUGCGCACCGGUGGACCGCGGACUACGUUCGGCUACUCGCGCAAUGCGUCCUCACCGAGAUUCCUCGCCAGAACCUGUGACUGCAGGCUGGUCCUGAAUCAUGGAAGGUGAUGAGCGGUCAAAAUUCGACCGCCGCACAGCUUUAGCGCAGCCACGGACGUCCCUCCGUUAGCGACUGAGCGCCUGGCGAGGACCGGUCUUCGCGUUGACUCGAACAGCGACAGACAGAAUCCGCAGGUUCUGCGCUGGUCGACCUACGCAGGGGGCCAUGAUUGUCUCAGAGACAAGUUGCACUCAACACGAGCGUGUAUUAGAGGUUUC